AUGGUUCAAGAUUGCAGUCGCACCAAACAGAAUUCCGAUUCAAACAAACAUGGUAACAUAAUGUUUCUCCCUCCAUUACUGCCACCAAAACCUUCCAUUAACAGCAAAUCUAUAACUCCAUCUCUUGCUUUCUUCUUCACACUUCCAGACCCACCUCAACCAAACCAACGCCCACAACCUGCACUCGAAGAACACCACCAAAAUAAGACCAUAGCCAACAGGUGCUACUGGACCAAAAAGAUCCACAAGCUCUGUGUCAUCGACCGCAACGUCGACCAGGCCCUUAACCUGCUUGACCAUCUUCGUCUUCGCGGUUACCGCCCCGACUACCUCAACAUCGGCAGCAUAAUUCAUGCACUGUGCGACGCCCACCGUUUCUCCGAAGCUCACAAUCGUUUUGUUCUCUCUCUUACUUCGAAUUGCAUACCCGAUGAGCGAACAUGCAACGUACUCAUCGCUCGGUUACUGGAUGCAAGAACCCCAUUUGGUACAUUGCAUGUUAUUCAUUGUUUGAUCAAAGAAAAGCCCGAGUUUGUGACUUCUUUGAUGAAUUAUAACCGUUUGAUUGAUCAAAUGUGCUGGUUCUCGAAGCUCAAUGAAGCUCACGGGUUGUUUUUUGAUUUGAAAACUAGGGGACAUAGUCCAAACACAGUUUCAUACACAACUCUCAUCAAUGGGUACUGUAAAGUUGGUGAAGUGGGUACUGCUCAGAAGUUGCUUGAUGAAAUGUCUGAAUAUGGAUUGCUUGAUGAAAUGUCUGAAUAUGGAGUGAGACAGAAUUCACUUACAUACAGUGUUUUCAUUCGUGGGAUUCUUCGAAAACACGACGUUGAACAUGGAAAAAAACUAAUAAGUAAGCUUUGGGAGGUGAUGGUGGAUGAAGAUGAUCAGUCUCUUUGGGAGGUGAUGGUGGAUGAAGAUGAUCCGUCUGUGAACAAUUUGGCUUUUGGGAAUUUAAUUGACUGUUUGUGUGGAGAAGGAUUGUUUCAUGAGGUUUUCAAGAUUGCUGAGGACAUGCCUCAAGGGAAGAGUGUCUUUGACGAGUUUGCUUACGGGAAAAUGAUAGAUUCAUUUUGUAGAUAUGGAAGAUACAAUGGGGCUGCAAGGAUUGUUUACAUGAUGAGGAAGAGAGGGUGUACGCCGAGCUUAGUGGCGUAUAAUUCUAUUGUCCAUGGGCUCAGCGAGGAUGAUUGUAUGAGGGCUUAUCAAUUGUUGGAAGAAGGGAAAAAGUUCGGGUACUUGCCCUCGGAGUUUACUUACAAGGUUUUGAUGGAGGGUCUUUGCAGAGAAUGCGACCUUUGCAAGGCCAGAGAAACUGAAUGCCAGCCUGAUGUUAUUACCCUCAACACAGUUAUCAAUGGUUUCUGCAAGAUGGGGAGAAUUGAAGAGUCUUUAAAAGUAUUUCAUGAUAUGAUGGCGGGGAAGUUCUGUCCGCCUGAUGUGGUGACCUUCACUGCUAUUAUAUGUGGGUUGUUGAAGAUUGGAAGAACCGAAGAAGCUUUUGAUCUAUUGCAUAAUGUAAUGCCUAAAAAGGGUCUUAGUCCUGGUGUUGUGACUUAUAAUGCAGUUAUCCGAGGCUUGUUUCGAUUACAUCGAGCAGAUGAUGCUAUGGAGGUUUUUAAUGGCAUGGCGAGGGGUGGUGUGGUUGCCAACAGUACUACGUACACAAUUAUAAUUGAUGGAUUAUGUGAGUCUGACCAAAUACCUGAAGCUAAGAGGCUCUGGGAUGAGGUUAUCUGGACCUCAAAGGUUCAUGAUAAUUUUGUCUAUGCAGCUAUUCUUAAAUGGCUCUGUCGCUCUGGAAAAUUUAAUGAGGCUUCUGAUUUUCUAUAUGAAUUGGUAGAUUGUGGGGUAACUCCCAACGUUGUAAACUAUAACAUUGUGAUCGAUGGUGCUUGCAAAUUAGGUCUGAAGAGAGAAGCUUAUCAGAUUCUGGGAGAAAUGAGAAAUAAUGGGGUGGUUCCAGAUGCUGUAACAUGGAGGAUUCUUGACAAAUUACAUGGCAAUGUGAAGAGGUUUUGUGCUAAGGAUUUAACUAAUAAAUCCAACAACGAGGGUUCCACAGAAGUUGAAUAGGUUAAAUAUUUUGCUUAAGUGGAGCGAGUGUUGGGUAGAGGAGAAAAUGAAGUUUUAACACUGAUGUAAAGUGAUUGAAGGUGGUGGGUUUGAAAAUUUGCAUUUGGGAAUGACCGAGGUUGGACAUAACUGACUUAGAUGUUUCACUAACCAGGUGGAGGCAGCUAUCUUUGUUGCAAAGCGACAUCAGUUGUCUAAAGAUGGUGGUAAAACAUGAAUACAAUUCAAAUUGAGAUGUUGUUCAUCCAUAAAAC